AUGGCAAAACCACAAACCCCGCGCGCCGUCCUCACAAGCCUCAUAAACGCCCUCACCACGUCCCCCCACGACCCAGACACCACCGCACCAACAACGUCCGAAAACGCACUCAAAUCCCUCCCGCACUCCCACCGCCCGCUCCUGGUAACCCUGCACGUCCUCUUCCCCUCCAUCGUCCUCCCCGCGCUGGACCUCCUGGACCGCGACCUGGUCGCCCGAGUCGUCCGAGACGACACGCACGCCGCGGACGUCGAUCUCGACGGAGAAGACCCUGUAGAAGACCGCCGGCCGGAGCCCGACCAGGAUGCGGAAGACCGGGGCGGCGCAGAGCGCGUGACCGGAUCCGACCGGCGCGAUCCGGCGUCCUUCUACGUCGUCCGCUCCGUGGCGUCGACCAUUUCCCGCCGCAAAAAGACGGAGGCGGAUCCGAGCGCGGUGAGCUCUGCGGGGACGAAGUAUCUGGUUCACGUCGACGCGUGGAACUGUACCUGCGCCAACUUCGCAUUCGAGGCUUUCCCGCCGCCCGGUGGGGGAGAGGACGAAAUUGAGAUCCUGGGCGCUGAUGCCGAGGAUCUGGAUGAGGCAGUGCCGUCGUCGCCUGAGUGGCAGUUUGGGGGGUUGAGUCUGGACGGGUUGGACCGUGGCGGGGUGCCCUGCUGUAAGCACCUGCUCGCCUGUCUACUAGCGGAGCAGUGGGGGAGUGUGCUGGGGAGCUACGUUACGGAGAGGAGGAUGAGUCGGGCUGCGAUCGCCGGGACGGUGGGAGACAUGUAG